UUACUUGCGUUUUAACAUCUUCCUUACGUGAUUUCUACGAUCAAUUACCCAAAUGGUCAUGCUUGUUGCGUGCUUAAUCAUGUUUCACUUUUGCAUGCGUUUCUGUCUAAACAAAUGUUGUGGACGUGUUUUCUUUGUAAGAGGAUGUCGUAAUCUUAUGUGGUCCCAUUUCAUUCUGGGACCAAACAAAUCAGUUCAGUUAGGGUUUUCCAUAGGUUCUCACCACCGGAGGGACCCUAAAACAAGCCCUGCUUGCAGACUAAAGAAGAUCUCAAUUGAAGAAGCUUUUUUUAAUGCUAAACACAAAUCUGCUUCUGCCAAAGAUUGCUUCAGUGGCUUGGAUGGUAAUAAACAAUCUGAAUUGCCUACCAGUUGUAAAAACUUGAGGGCAAGAUUUCAAUGGGACAAGGCAUUGAAACUGUUGAAAAAAAGAUCAAUUAACAACACAUCCUCCUGCCCUCCUUUUUGUGUGCCGAUACCAAACACAGACGAUCCUACUCUAUCUAAUUUAGACAACUUCAAAUCUUCUUUGGUGAAUUUCACUCUCUCUGAACUCAAAAAUGCAACCCACAAUUUUAGCAAAGAAAAUUUAAUUGGGAGAGGAGGAUUCGCAGAGGUUUACAAGGGUCGCCUCUUAGAUGGACAGCUGAUAGCGGUUAAGCGGCUGAAUAAAGGGACUUCAGAUGAGAGGACAUCAAACUUUCUAUCUGAGCUAGGCAUUAUUGCUCAUCUAAACCAUCCUAACACUGCCAGACUUAUUGGAUGUGGUGUAGAAGGAGAAAUGCACCUUGUAUUUCAACUAUCUCCAUUAGGAAAUUUAGAUUCUCUUCUUCAUGGUUCCAAUAAAAACAAAUUAGAUUGGACUAGAAGGUACAGAAUUAUUGUGGGGAUUGCUGAUGGACUCCUAUAUCUUCAUGAGAAUUGUCAAAGGCGAAUCAUUCAUAGAGAUAUUAAAGCAGAGAAUGUUCUUCUCACAGAGAACUUUGAGCCUCAGAUUUGUGAUUUUGGACUUGCAAAGUGGUUACCAGAACAAUGUAGCCACCAUAAUGUAUCAAAAUCUGAAGGAACAUUCGGGUAUUUUGCUCCUGAAUAUCUUAUGCAUGGCAUAGUCGACGAGAAAACUGAUGUUUAUUCUUUUGGUGUCCUACUUUUGGAGAUUAUAACUGGCCGUAGGGCAUUGGAUCAUUUGCACCAAAGUCUCGUGUUAUCGGCAAAACCUUUGCUUGAUGCUAAUAACAUCAAGGAUCUUGUUGAUCCUUCUCUUGGAGAUGAUUAUGACCAAGAACAAAUGGAUCGUGUUGUUUUGACCGCGUCUCUAUGUGUUGAGAUCUCUCCUAUCUUACGCCCUCGCAUGAGUCAGGUUUCAAUACUACUAAGAGGUGAUGACUUUUUCCAGGAAUUUGCAAAUGAAUGUCCAAGGCAGUCCCUCCAAAGAGCAUACUCAGAGGAUUAUUGAGAACUAAUAAAAUAGCAUUCAAACAUGUGAAUAGUAAACAAUAGGUUAAACUAUGUUUUUCGUUUUUUACUCGGAAUUUAUUUUGGUGCUUUAUCUUUUUUGAAAGAGUCAUCGUGGUCUCAUUUUUUUGUGUUUAAGUUAUACUAGUCCAUUAUGUGAAUAAUUAACAAUGAAGUCGUUCAAUUUUGUUUCAAA